AUGAACAUCAGCAUCGACGGUGAUGAGAUAGUCGCAGAUCUGGACCAGAAGCACAAGCGCGGCGAGGGUGACGUUCGGCCGUGGCUGCAAUACCAGGGGCAGUGGAGUUUCAUGGGCAGCCCAUCGAGCGUGAAUGGCUCUGUGGUUUUCAAUGGUCGCAAGUGCUUCUCCUUCGGCCCUUUCUGCGGCAAGCAGUCGAUCUUGGACGUGUUCAAGGAUGAUGACUACAUCCUGAAGACACUCACGGCCGAGGGGGCGAAGAUGGCCAUCAAUGAGUGGGAGGACCAGGAGAACUUCUGCCCGCUCACCAUCGCUGUGCCCAACUCCCCAUGCUUCAACAACAACUGCCAGAAGUAUGACACCGUCCAGCAGCGGAACGACUGCCGCAGCCUAGCAAGGAGCUACUGUGCCACGAGUUGCCCGACGCCAUUCGACAUGGAUACCUGCAAGGAUCGGGGCUGCCUGACCCUGGGCUCCUUCGAGCAGGCCGAAGCCGACAGCCAGCUCAACAGCGAUCCCAACGAGACGGGCCAGGCGCCAGAAAGCGCGUUUGAGUUCCAGCCCACGAAGAUCCAGACGAUGGUCGGGGGCCUGGUCUUGGACAACACCCGGCAGUAUGUAGGUGGCAAGCACCUCUCGGGCCUCUUCGCCCUCAACAAAGCGGAACUCUUCUGCCCCUCGCAGGGCGUCAACGACCCAGUGGCCGAUGAGUGGGAGCGCCGCGCGCUGUGCAUGAUGGGGGUGAAUGCCGAUACGCGCGCUGAGCCGAAGCUGGACUGCCCCGAGGAUGACCUUCUCAAGUUCAACGGCCUCUUCCAGCGCUCCUUCGGCGACGAGUUCGGAAACGCCAUCCGGGGAGACAUCGCCAAGCUCACCUCCUCCUAUGCUGUGAUCAUCGUGUACUGCGCAAUCAUGAUCGGCAAGUGCGACGCGAUCCACUCCGGCGUGUUCAUGUCGUUUGUGGCAGUGCUCAUCGUCGGCUUGACCAUUGCCAGCACCCUGGGCCUCAUGGGCUACUUCGGCGUGCCGAACGGCAACCUGAACAACAACCUGUACUUCCUUCUUCUGGGCUUGGGUGUGGAUGACGCCUUCGUGCUGAGCUCUGAGUACGCCCGGCACACCGAGCAGAACAAGGACAUGAGCAUCCCCCAGCGGAUCGCCGCCACUGCGCGCACAGGUGGGAUCUCAGUGCUUAUCACAUCUGCCACGGACGCUUUGGCCUUCCUGGUGGGUGCCACAACAGUCCUGCCGGCGCUGGGCUGGUUCUGCACCUACGCAGGCGUCUCCAUCGUCCUAUGCUACACGUAUCAGCUGACCGUGUUCUUGCCCUGCCUGGCCCUAAAUGCUUACCGCGUCGAAGCCAACCGCAUCGACUGCUGCUGCUGCUGCCGCCUGGAAGCGAGGUCGCCAGAGAAUCCCCAGGGCUGUUGCUGCUGCUGCCUGCCGCAGAGGGCCUUUCAAGGCGGUGUGCUGAAGAGAGGCUUGAAGGGCUUCAUGGAGAAGGUCACAACCCCGAUGGGCCAGGCCAUCACACUCCUUCUGUUUGCUGCUCUGACAGCCGGAGGAAUUGUUGGCACCACGAAGAUCUACAAGGACUUCAAGCUGGAGUGGUUCAUCCCGGACUCCUCCUACGUGAAUCAGUUCUUCAAUGUCAACAGCGAGUACUUCGCGACAGGCACGCCCAUCACAGUCAACAUGAGGGAGAGUCCGGAUGCCUUCGAGGUUCAGUCGGGCCUGCAUGAGCUUUACGCUUACUUGAACACGACGGAGCUCGUCAAUCAGGAUGUAGCGGUGGACAGCUGGUACGAGGAGUUCAUGGACUGGGCUGUGGACCCCAAUCAGGCAGUCACAACCAGCGCCUCCUUCACGCCCUCGCGCACCGCCGCCAACGCCGCGUUCACCGACCGGGCGGACUUCUAUAACGCUCUCCACGCUUGGUACCGCGGUACACCCGGCUCUCGCUACCGCGGCUCCGUUAUCUGGGCCUCGCAGGCCUGCAAUGUCGAUGGCGCCGUGGACGUCGUCCCAGCUGGCUGUGACGUGAGUGUGGGGCUCAAGGCCUCAAGAUUCAACGCGGAGCUGUCGCUGGCUGCCACAGACAAAGGCACGAACCGGUACACGACCAUGGUGUCCAUGCGGAAGAAGGUCGAUGAGCUGAUACCGGGCGCCUUCCCGUACAGCUUCGACUUCUUGUAUUGGGAGGAGGUGGGUGUGAUCGACACGGAGCUCGUCCGGAACUUGAUGGUCUGCGGCGGCGUCAUCCUUGUUGUCAUCUUCGCAUUGGUGCCGUCCCCACGCAUCGCGAUCUGGGUGGUCUUGUGCGUGGCCCUUUCCAUCGUGGACACGUUGGGAUUCAUGUAUUUCUGGGACGUGACGAUUAGCGGCGUCUCUACGAUCUACGUGUUGAUCUGUGUGGGUCUGGCUGUGGACUACGCAGCGCACAUUGCCCACAUGUUCAAGGAGUCCACGGGCAGCGCCCGCGAGCGCGCCAUCGCCGCGGCGGAGCGCAUCGGGCCCUGUACCUUCAACGCGGUCUUGUCCACGCUGCUGGCAGUUGCUGUGGUGGGCUUCUCCGAGAGCUAUGUCUUCCGAAUUUUCUUCAAGGUCCUCUUCCUGGUGGUGAUCAUCGCCGGAGCCCAUGGCCUUUGGCUGUUGCCUGCGAUACUCUCCAUCUGCGGUGGCUCCAAGGACCCGGAGUACGUUUGCAACGCAGGUGUGCAGCCUGCGCGAGAUAAGGAGUGA